AUGCCCGGGGUCACGCUGGAAGGCUCGGGCGCGCGGAAGCUCGGGGGGUAUGAGUUCUUUGAGAAGGUGCUGAGGAGCCCGAAGUUCAUCGUCGCGCCUAUGGUGGACCAGAGCGAGUUGGCAUGGAGGAAACUGUCGAGGAGAUACGGUGGGCAGGUGGUGUACACACCCAUGAUAAAUGCCAAGAUGUUCGCCGAAGGCAACCGCAAGCCCUACCGCGAACAAAACUUCGACACCAUCCACGGCGAAGAAGGCGGGCCCGAAGACCGGCCCCUAAUCGUGCAGUUCUGCGCGAACAACGCCGCGCAGCUGCUCAAGUCCGCGAAGCUGCUCGAGGCGCACUGCGACGCGGUCGACAUCAACCUCGGCUGCCCGCAGGACAUCGCGCGCCGCGGCCGCUACGGCUCGUUCCUGCAGGACGAGUGGGAGCUCAUACACGAGAUGAUUAGUACGCUGCAUAGGGAGCUGUCGAUACCGGUGACUGCGAAGUUUCGCGUGUUCCCGACUGUCGAGAAGACGGUGGAGUACGCGAAGAUGCUGGAGAGCGCGGGCGCGCAGAUCCUGACAUGCCACGGCCGUACUCGCGAACAACGCGGGCAGCGCUCCGGUUUGGCAGACUGGGAGAAGAUCCGCGCCGUCAAGGAGGCGGUCUCCGUGCCCGUCAUCGCGAACGGCAACCUGCUGUUCUACGGCGACAUCGAACGCUGUCUCGCAGCCACCGGCGCGGACGCCGUAAUGUCCGCCGAGGGGAAUCUCUACAACCCCGCCAUCUUCAUGCCCGCCCCUUCGACGUCCGAAUCGCCGUCCGCUUCGACUAGCUCGGCACAUACCUCCGCAUCCUCAAUAGCGUCGAUGUAUCUCACAGGUCAUCACCCACGCAAUACAACGCUCGCGCUGGAGUACCUGUCCAUUGUCAAGUCGCAGAAGACAAUGACGACCCCUAGUUCAGUCAAGGGGCACCUGUUCAAGCUCUUGCGACCCGCCUUGGGCAAGUAUACCGACCUCCGAGAGCGCCUUGGGAAGGUGCGCGUGGAACGGGCGGAGCGGGACAAAAACGGCGCGUGGGACAGGUACGAGGAGGUCAUCCGGGAGCUGGAUGAACGGUUAGAGCUCGACAUCGAGGCCGCGAAGGGGAAGUCCUUAGAGGAGCUUUCGCCGAUCGACGAGGCGACUGGGUUUCCGAUCCUCCCGCACUGGUUGGUACAACCGUACAUUCGCCCGCUGCCCAAGGAACCGGAAGCGGCGCAGCCUCCACAAGAGACCAGCAAAUCUGGUGUAGCGGUUGUCGGUACGUAG